AUGCCUAACGGGAAUUUGGACACAUGGUUGCAUAACAAAUUUUUGAGUAGUUCUUCAAAAUAUUUGAGCUUAUCUCAAAGAGCAAUCAUAGCUACUGGUAUAGCCAAUGCAUUGGCUUAUUUACACAAUGAUUGUGAAAGGCAGAUUGUACAUUGUGGUUUGAAGCCAAAAAAUAUCCUUCUUGACGAUGAUAUGAAUGCUUAUUUGGGAGACUUCGGCAUUGCAAGCCUCAUCGGACAUUCAAGCCUAGCUACCUCAACUGGGCUGAAGGGAACGAUAGGCCACAUAGCUCCAGAGUAUGCUCAAAGCGGCAAGGCAUCAAUCUCUGGGGAUGUUUACAGUUUCGGGAUAGUACUCUUAGAGAUGCUCAUUGGCAAAAAGACCGACAGACCCUAUGUUUGA